AUGGGUACCGACAAGAAUUUUGAGCAGGCCGCCGCCGAGCCGGAAAUGCUAUCGCAAGAGUCGAUCAUCGAAAACAUGGACCCAGUGGAAGCGGCCAGAAUAUCCAAAAUGCGGAAUAUCGGUAUAGCGGCUCAUAUAGACAGUGGUAAAACUACAUCAACAGAACGAGUUCUUUUCUAUACCGGUCGCAUCCAAGCAAUACAUGAGGUUCGGGGACGUGACGCCGUUGGGGCAAAGAUGGACUCCAUGGACCUUGAGCGUGAGAAGGGCAUCACCAUCCAAUCCGCAGCAACGUUUUGUGAUUGGAUCAAGAAAGAAAACGGGCAAGAGGAAACAUACCAUAUCAAUUUAAUCGAUACCCCGGGGCAUAUCGACUUUACCAUUGAAGUCGAGAGAGCGCUGCGUGUUUUAGAUGGUGCUGUCUUAAUUCUGUGCGCUGUGUCUGGUGUCCAGUCUCAGACUAUUACGGUGGACCGACAGAUGAGACGAUACAACGUACCCAGAAUUACUUUUAUCAACAAAAUGGACAGAAUGGGAUCGAAUCCCUUCAAGGCGAUUGACCAAAUCAAUCAAAAGCUAAAAAUGCAUGCUGCAGCAGUUCAAGUGCCUAUUGGUCUUGAAGACGAUUUUAAGGGGGUUGUAGAUAUUAUUCGAAUGAAAGCAAUAUAUUGUGAAGGUCCAAGAGGAGAAACCGUCGUUGAGAAAGAUGAAAUUCCUGCUGAAGUGCGCAGUGUCGCCGAGAAGAGGAGGAAAAUGUUGAUCGAAACCCUGGCCGACGUAGACGAUGAAAUGGCAGAGAUCUUCUUGGAAGAAAGGGAACCCACAGCUGAGCAGAUCAAAGGUGCAAUUCGACGAGCAACGAUAAACCUUAAGUUCACACCUGUCUUCAUGGGAUCUGCCUUAGCAGACCAGGGGGUGCAACCAAUGCUUGAUGGUGUCUGUGACUACUUACCAAAUCCUGCUGAGGUUGAGAAUCUCGCCCUUGACCAAAAACGUGAAGAAGCUUCGGUUAAACUCGUUCCCUAUAACUCCCUGCCAUUCGUUGGCCUGGCAUUCAAAUUAGAGGAAAGUAAUUUUGGUCAGCUCACCUACAUUCGUGUCUACCAGGGAACCCUCCGCAAAGGGUCCAACGUGUUCAACGCUCGAAACAACAAAAAGAUAAAGGUUCCUCGCAUCGUUCGAAUGCAUUCAAAUGAGAUGGAGGAAGUGUCCGAGAUUGGCGCCGGUGAAAUUUGCGCUGUGUUUGGUGUAGACUGCGCCUCAGGGGAUACAUUCACGGAUGGUAAAUUGAAAUAUACCAUGUCGUCUAUGUUUGUUCCAGAGCCUGUUAUUUCGCUUUCCAUAAAACCCAAAAACUCCAAGGACCUUCCUAAUUUCUCUAAGGCUAUCAACAGAUUCCAGCGCGAGGAUCCCACAUUCCGUGUUCAUUUCGACGUGGAGAGCGAGGAAACAAUCAUCUCUGGAAUGGGCGAAUUGCAUUUAGAUAUCUACGUUGAACGUAUGCGACGCGAAUAUAAAGUUGACUGCGAAACUGGAAAGCCCCAAGUUGCCUACCGUGAAACCAUUGGUAACCGUGUCGGGUUUGAUCACAUACUUAAGAAACAAACAGGUGGACCUGGUGAAUUUGCUCGUGUCGUGGGAUGGAUGGAACCCACUGGCAAUCUGGAAGGAAACAAAUUUGAGGAACAAAUUACCGGUGGCAGCAUUUCGGAGAAAUUCUUGUUCGCUUGUGAGAAGGGCUUUAUAAUGGCCUGUGAUAAGGGGCCACUCAUUGGCCACAAAGUCCUUGGUACUAGGAUGGUUAUCAAUGAUGGUGCUACCCACAUGACUGAUUCGUCUGAAAUGUCUUUUAAGAAUGCUACCCAACAAGCGUUCAGAAAGGCAUUCGUUGACAGCCAACCUCAGAUACUUGAGCCACUGAUGAAGACCGUUAUCACUGCACCGUCUGAAUUCCAGGGUGAUGUUAUCUCGUUGUUGAACAAGCGUAAUGCCAUUAUUAAUGAUACGGAAACUGGUGUGGACGAAUUCACCAUUUAUGCCGACUGUAGCUUGAAUGCUAUGUUCGGUUUCAGUACUCAUCUCCGAGCUGCUACGCAGGGUAAGGGAGAGUAUACCAUGGAGUUCAGUCAUUACGAAAAAGCCCCUGGCCAUUUACAGAAACAACUUAUUGCCGAGUAUGAAAAGGCCCAGGCUUCCAGACACAAGAAAUAA